AUGAAGUUCACAACCGUCUUCACUGCGCUCACUCUUGCUGAGGCUGCACUUGGUGCUCGCUUCACUGAGCAACGCCGAGAGCGAAAUGCCAAGCGCUUGGCCGAGCGUGGUAUCUCCCGCCAAACUAACCCGCUCAUUCCUGUUGACAAUGAAGUUGUCGAGGGUUUGGCUAUCGACAAUCAGACCCAGGUCUCUUACUCAUCUAACUGGGCUGGCGCUGUCCUGAUUGGCACUGGAUACAAAGCUGUCACUGGAACUUUCGUCGUCCCAACACCCUCUGCUGCUUCCGCUUGGGUCGGCAUUGACGGCGACACUGCUUCCAAUUCCAUCCUCCAAACUGGAGUUGAUUUCUACGUCGAAGGCAGCCAGGUGUCCUUUGAUGCCUGGUAUGAGUGGUAUCCUGACUAUGCGUACACCUUCAGUGGUAUCACUAUCUCUGCCGGUGAUACCAUCACUGUGACUGUCACAGCUACAAGCACCACCGGCGGCACUGCCGUUGUGAAGAACGUCUCGACUGGCAAGUCCGUCACUCACACAUUCACGGGCCAAAGUCAGGCUCUGCAGGAGCUUAACGCCGAAUGGAUUGUGGAAGAUUUCAGCUCUGGAGGUUCUCUUGUUCCCUUCGCGGACUUCGGCUCCGUAACUUUCACCAACGCUUACGCUACGACCUCCAGCGGUACGGUCGGCGUUAGUGGUGCUGAAAUCAUAGAUAUCAAGCAGAGCAACAAAGUUUUGACCGACGUUACUAUUGACAGCAGUAGCGAGGUUACUAUUACCUACACUGGCUAG